AUGUCUUUUGUUACUGAUUCUACUUACUUUCUCAUUCUUAUCAUCUUUCUAACAUCUCCAUUACUUUCUCUUGCAGCAUCUUAUAAUGAGGAAGAUAAUGAACAACUAAAGACGUUCAUUGUUUUCGUCUCCAAACCUGAUAAGCCAUCCGUCUUUGUAUCUCAUCAUGAGUGGUACCAUGCAACUCUAGCAUCUCUUCCCAUACCUGCUUCUUCAUCUUUUUCUUCUUCAUCUAAUAAUCAACAUCAUAAGCCUCAACAAAUCAUCUACACUUACGACCAUGCAAUGCAUGGCUUCGCUGCUCGACUCACGCUUUCUCAAGCGUCUCAUCUACGCAAUGUUCCCGGAAUAGUAUCUGUCCUCCCUGAGCAAAUUCACGAACUCCAUACCACACAUACUCCUCAGUUUCUUGGUCUUGACGAUAAAGUCGGGAUCUGGCCGCAAUCAAGUUAUGGCGAUGAUGUCAUUAUUGGUGUUAUUGAUAGGGGGAUCUGGCCGGAAAGGGGUAGUUUCCAUGACGAGGUCUUAGAUCCAGUACCUGAAAGAUGGAAAGGUACCUGUGAGGUAGGACUUGAUUUUCCAAAAGAAUCCUGCAACAAGAAGAUAAUAGGUGCUAGGGCAUUUUCGAAAGGAUAUGAAGCGUUUCUGCUUGGAAGUAAAAUGAAUGGGAGCGCUGCAAAACUGAUAUCACCCAGAGAUUUGGAGGGGCAUGGUACACAUUGUGCAUCAACUGCAGCUGGAUCUGCUGUUUCAGGUGCUUCAUUAGGUCCAUAUGCAGCUGGAGUAGCGCAAGGAAUGGCACCUAGGGCAAGAAUUGCUGUUUACAAGGCCUGUUGGCCAGGCGUCAAAUGCCCUGGAGCAGAUAUACUUGCUGGGUUUGAAAGUGCUAUUUCAGACGGAGUUGAUGUGAUUUCUUUGUCACUCGGAUCGAAACCUGUUCUAUACAACCACCAGGAGACCAUGAUUGGAGCUUUUCAUGCUAUGCAGAAAGGGAUUUUUGUUUCAUGCUCUGGAGGAAACAAUGGACCUACACCAAAUACCGUAGGGAAUGUCGCACCAUGGGUAAUGACAGCUGGAGCAUCGACACUUGACAGAGAAUUUCCCGCAAAUGUGAUUUUAGGCGACAAAACUGUUCUUCCUGGUGUUUCAUUGUUUUACGGUAAAAGUCGGCUUUCGGAAUCUAAUAUACUAGUUUAUGGUGGUGACUGCGGUAGUGAAACCUGCGAAAAAGGGAAAUUAGAUGUCAACAAAGUUAACGGAGGUAUUGUUGUUUGUCAGAGUGGUGGUCCAAGAGCUGCCCAUGGGUAUGCAGUGAAAUUAGCCGGUGGAAUUGGAGUAAUUCUUGUUGAAUCCAAAGCCAAAGGACAAGGAUUAUCUGCUGUUCCACAUCUAAUUCCUGGGACUACGAUUAGUUAUAAAAGUGGUCGUAAGAUUCAAGAUUACAUAAGAACGACGAAUAACGCAAAAAAAUAUCAUCCAGUUGCUGUGAUUAAAUUUGAAGGAACAUCAAUUGGUUUUUCACCAUCGUCUCCAAAAAUUGCAGCAUUUUCUAGUCGUGGUCCGAAUGCAAUAACGCCAGAGAUUCUUAAACCCGAUAUUAUUGCUCCCGGUGUUAAUAUCUUGGCUGCUUGGACUGGAGCUGUUGGUCCAAGCAAGUUGAAAGCGGAUACGAGGCGGGUCAAGUACAAUUUAUUAUCAGGUACUUCGAUGGCAUGCCCUCAUGUUAGUGGAAUCGCUGCGUUGCUUAAAAGUGUUCAUCCUAAAUGGUCUCCGGCUGCAAUUAAGUCUGCCAUGAUGACAACAGCUUACACUGUGGAUAAUUCGCGAAAAAAUAUCACAAGGCUUGCUGAUGGGAAAUAUGCGAGAUGGUUCGAAAUUGGGUCAGGUCAUGUUGAUCCAAACAAAGCCCUUCACCCAGGUUUAGUAUACGACGUGGAAACUGAAGACUAUGCACAAUUCCUGUGCUCCAUUAACUAUUUGUCGGAUGUUAAUCAAUCGUUGGUUAUUCUUAUUCCAUAA